UAUGUAAUGUAAAACAUCCUAAACAACAACCGCCGGCAAUGGGUAGCAGCAACCGGCAAAUGAGGGCCUUCAAACGGUGGAUGAACCACCACUCAAUCCACUACAGCGACACUAUCGACAUCCUCAUACACCAACACCAAGUAUAUGUGCAAGCAUUAUACAACAUACACGAAGGCGACCUCAUCGCCACCAUCCCUAAACAGAGCUGCCUCACCGUCAAGUCCUCGGGUGCCUGCGACCUCAUCGAAGGCUUCGAUCUCGAAGGUUAUAUGGCACUCUCUGUUGCUCUUAUGUAUGAGAAGAGCUUGGGCCAACUGUCCCCUUGGUUCGGUUAUCUCCAGCUGUUGCCUGAUAGCAACCCCGAUGUUCCGUUGCUAUGGUCCGUUGAUGAGAUUGACCAGUUGUUGCUAGGUACCGAGCUUCAUAAGACAGUUAAAGAAGACAAAGCUCUUGUAUACGAGGACUGGAAAGCAUGUAUUGUGCCGUUUGUCGAGUCGGCUCAACUUGAUCCUUCUGAUUUUACUCUCGACCAGUAUUUUGCCGCAAAAAGUUUGAUCUCUUCGCGUUCGUUUCAGAUAGAUGAUUAUUAUGGAUUCGGGAUGGUUCCUUUGGCAGACCUAUUCAAUCACAAGACAGAUGCUGAGGAUGUACACUUCACCUCUGUAUCUUCUCAUUCCGAUUCUGAUACCGAUUCAUCUGAAAACAUAGAAAACCGGGUUGAUGAUCAUCCGGACGGGGAUUCUUUGUAUCAAAUUCAAAAUGAAUCAACCGUCACCUCACCGGAAGGUGAUCUUAGUGCUGGUGAUGAUACAUAUUCCUCGAACACCGAAAUUCUUGAAAUGAUUAUGGUGAGGGAUGUUAAAGCUGGAUCCGAGGUCUUCAACACUUACGGGUCAAUGGGUAAUGCUGCAUUGCUUCACAGAUAUGGAUUUACAGAACCCGAUAACCCAUACAACAUAGUGAAUAUAGAUCUAGAGUUAGUCCUCCAAUGGAGUUCAUCUCUUUUUUCAUCUCGGCACACUAGAAGUCGUCUUUCUUUGUGGAAAAGAUUCCAUGUUUCUGAAUUUCCAAACCAGCAGAUCGAUUAUUUUGAAAUAUCAUCUGAUGGUGAACCGGAAGUUGAGCUGCUUAAACUGAUAUCUAUAAUCUUGCUACCCGAAAAAGCUUACAAUGAGUUUGAUAGAUCAAAAGUAGCGUUGACGUCUAACAAAAAAGGGAUCGUAUGGAGUGAGAUUACCGAAACAAACAAGAGACUUUUACUGACGGAAAGCGUUCGAGGCGGUUUGUUGUCACUGGCGGAUAUUAGGGAAAGAUGUUAUGGGUUGAGGUCUGUUGAGGAUGAUGUCGAGGCACUAGAGGCUUGUCCUGUUACAGAAAGAAAGUUGUACCAUUCUUUGGUGCUGCGCAUCAGCGAGCGGAGGAUUCUGGAGAAGCUUAGGGUGUACGCGUCUGUAGGGUACGGUCACUAGGUGUUUGUAAUGGAUCUACCAUGAGGAAGAAGUUACAAAAGAGAUGACAGACCCACCCUCUUUUCAGGAGUUUAUUAUUUGUUGUUUGUCAAUUUUCUUGAUUACAAGUUUGAAUGUGAACUUGUGUCGGUUAAAGCUUGGCAUUAAAGUUCAGGUCUUUUUCGACAAUUUCAGAAUACAUGUGCGCGUUGUUAACACUAAUUGUCGUUCCAUCA